CCCCCAAAAGCAUCUGAUCAAGUGAGUGGAGGAGGAUCCGGAGUCAGAGAGAGAGAGAGAGAGAGGUUGAGACAGAGAGAGACUGACCUCAGAGGGAGAGAGAUUCAGAGAGAGAGACUGACCUCAGAGGGAGAGAAGCCGGCUUGGAGCAACCUGCUUUCUACCUGGAUUCUCCAUGAGCUGCUGAGAGAGAGAGAGGAAGUCCUUCGAACGUUCGCGGGCCGAACGUUCCAUCCGGAGAACGCCGGGGAAGCCAACGUUCCAUCCGGGUUUGCCAAGCCAACUCUUGCCCAAAGUUUUCCUUCCAAGAUGCCCAGAGCCUUCCUGGUGAAGAAACCCUGUGUUUCCAAUGGGAAGAGGAACUGGAGUGAGCUUCCUGAUGAGGAAAGAGGAGAGAUUUAUGUCCCAGUCUCCUUGGGGGGCUAUGCCCUGUGGAAAGAUCCAGAGCCUUCUGUGGCUGAGCCCCCGUCCUACCCGAUGCCCUUGGACAUGACGAUACGGAACACGGUCUACACGGCCGCCCAGCCGCAUUGCGCAGCUCAGAUCCCAAGCGGGACGCAGCAAGAUGCGGAGUCCCUCUUCCUACGGCCCAAGAUGAAGGUGACCCAAGGAGAUGCGCCCGGAGAGCAGUUCUCCUGCCCAUAUUGCCAGAAGGGCUUCUCCUACCAGCGCAUGCUGAACCGCCACCUGAAAUGCCACAGCCAGGUGAAGCGCCACCUUUGCCCUUACUGCAACAAAGGCUUCAACGACACCUUUGACCUCAAGCGCCACGUCCGGACGCACACAGGUGUGCGGCCCUACAAGUGCGACCUCUGUGACAAAGCCUUCACCCAACGCUGCUCCUUGGAGUCCCACCUGAAGAAGAUCCACGGGGUGCAGCAGAGCUAUGCCUACAAGGAGCGCCGGGCCAAGCUGUACGUCUGCGAGGACUGCGGCUCCACCGCCGACAGCCAGGAGGGCCACCUUCAGCACCUGCAGGAGCGCCAUCCCGACAGCCCUCUGCUGCGCAAGGCCUCACGCAAGGCCUCCCCAUCACUCCACGGCACGGCCGAGCCGGGCCCCAUCACGCUGCUGCAAGGGGCAGGCUGCCUCUGAAAGUGCUGUGUGUGUUUCGGAGGGUCUUAAAAUGGGUCUUCCCACCGAAGGCUUGCCAUUGGUUCACCUCCAGGGUAUUUUCAGAGUUCAAUAUGACCCUCCAAGCCCAUGGGAUGAAUGGCAAACGCAAUGAAAACAAAUGAAUUUCUUGCAUGGACCAACUCAUUGGAGAGCUAGGAUCUGAGUUCCAGUCUGGCCCAGUUCCUUAAAGUGUUCAGCAUCAAGCCUUUUUUAGGAUUCAACACAGCGCUCCAAGSCAAUGGGACAAAUGGCAAACACAAUGCAAACAAAUGGACUUCUUGCAUGAACACAGCUCGUUGGAGAGCUAGGAUCUGAGUUCCGGUCUGGCCCAGUUCCUUAAAGUGUUCAGGAUCAAACCUUCAUUCCUUUCUCUUGGAAUCCAUACUCACAGCUCAGGGAUUUUUAGUAUUCAACACAGCUUUCCAAGCCAAUGGGACAAAUGGCAAACACAAUGCAAACAAACGGACUUCUUGCAUGGAUCUAGCUUGUUGGAGAGCUAGGAUCUGAGUUCCAGUCUGGCCCAGUUCCUUAAAGUGUUCAGGAUUAAGCCUUCAUCCCUUUCUCUUGGAAUCCAUCCUCACAGCUCAGGGAUUUUUAGGAUUCAACACAGRUUUCCAAACCAAUGGGACGAAUGGCAAACACAAUGCAAACAAAUAGACUUCUUGCARGGACCRAGCUCGUUGGAGAGCUAGGAUCUGAGUUCCAGUCUGGCCCAGUUCCUUAAAGUCUUCAGGAUCAAGCCUCCAUCAUUUUCUCUUGGCAUCCAUUCUCACAACUCAGGGAUUUUUAGGAUUCAACACAGCUUUCCAAGCCAAUGGGACAAAUGGCAAACACAAUGCAAACAAAUUGAUUUCUUGCACAGACCCAGCUUGUUGGAGAGCUAGGAUCUGAGUUCCAGUCUGGCCCAGUUCCUUAAAGUGUUCAGGAUCAAGUCUCCAUCCUUUUCUC